AUGGCUACGGUAGUGACUCCACCAACUUUCACGCCAGCAAUUCUUCCGCUUAAUUUGAAAUCUUCUAAUAUGCCGGUGGAAUGGAAAAAUUGGCUGACACAAUUUAAAAUAUUUUUACGUGCAUCCAGCUUGGACACCCAGGCAGACCAAAGAAAAGUAGCACUUCUCUUGCAUCACAUGGGACCAGACUCUUUAGAAAUCUUUUUUUCAUUUGAUCUCGACUUGGAUAAUGUCUUAUUUGAUGACCUCGUGGCUAAAUUAGAAGCACAUUUUUUGCCAAAAGUCAAUAUCGCUAUGGAGCGACACAAAUUUUUCACAAGGACGCAGCAAUUAGGUGAAUCAAUGGAUGACUACAUAACCGCGCUAAAAAAUCUAAGCCUUUCAUGUGAUUUCGACAAGCUAAGAGAAGAACUGGUAAGAGAUAUUUUUGUUUGUGGUUUAAGCAAUAGCUGGUCUAAUGUAAAAGAACGUCUGCUUACUGAAGGAGCUAUAAAGCUUGAAAAAGCGCUCGAAAUUGCAAAGACAAUUGAGCUCACAAAAGACCACGCAAAGCAAUUAGAAUUAAAUAAUCAAAGUCAUAUAAAUGCUAUUAACCAUCAUCCUACAAAAAAUUUCGAAAAAUAUCAAAAUCAAUCAUACAACAAUAAUUUCCGUCAUCAAAUGUCACCUUCAAUUAAACCACAUUCAAACAGCAAUAAAAAACAAAACAGCUAUUCGUCAAAUACAUAUAUAUCAAAAAACAAUUGUUCCCGUUGCGGUCAAAUUCACCAAUAUCGAUGUCCAGCAAUUGGUGUUACAUGUAAUACAUGCAAAAACAAAAACCAUUAUUCUAAGAUGUGCCGUUUAAACAGAAGAAACUCCAACAGUGCUUAUGUACGAAAUGUAGAAGCUUGCCAGCAAUCAGAUAAUGAGGACUAUGAUGAGGGAGAUGACAACACAUUGUUCUUAGGUAUGCUUAAGCAAACUAUAUGCACACCAAAGAACAGUUGGAUUAUAAUGCUAACAAUAUCCAACCAUACCGUUGAGUGUCAAGUUGAUACUGGAGCCCAGGCAAAUGUGAUGUCAUUAGAACAGUUUGAAGCCUUACAGUGUUCUUCUAAAUUAACAUCAUCAUCUACUCGCAUCAUGACAUUUAGCGGUGAACGUCUUCCAGUUAUUGGUUGCUGUAUAUUGAAGUGUAUUCACGAUGGUCAACAAUAUUUAAUCAACUUUCAUAUUUUGGAACUCAGAUGUCACGCAGUACUUGGAUUAGAAACCUGCAUUCAACUUAAAUUAAUUCCUAAGGUAGAUAAGAAUAAUAUGAAGUGUAUAAAUAAACAAGUGUCUGAAUUUCAAAACUAUUCAAAUUCUUUCAACUCUUUAAUAGAAAAAAGUAAUUUCAGUGGUAUAAAAACUAGUCAAUCUAUUUUAGAUAACUAUAGUGAUGUUUUUAAGGGUCUAGGGCUACUAAAGGAGAAGUGUCAUUUAAAAUUGCGUUCUGAUGUGCCACCUUCGAUUGAUUAUCCACGUAAAGUUCCUUUUGCAUUGCAAGGUCCAUUAAAAGAAGAACUAAAUCGUAUGGAACAACUAGGGGUUAUAGUAAAAGUUGAAGAGCCAACAGAAUGGGUGAGUUCCAUAGUGCUUGUCAAAAAACCAAAUGGUAAAAUCAGAUUAUGUCUUGAUCCUAGGAAUCUAAACAAAGCUCUUUUAAGAGCUCACCACCCUUUCCCCAAUUUAGAUGAGUGUAAGUCUAGAAUAAAAGGUUCAAUUUGUUUCAGUAUUUUAGACGCAAACUCUGGCUUUUGGAUGGUGCCUUUGGACGAGGAAUCUUCCAAAAUUUGUACGUUCAUAACACCGUUUGGAAGGUAUCGUUUUAUGCGUCUUCCUUUCGGUAUUAAAACAGCUCCUGAAAUAUUUCACGCACAAAUGUUGAAACUCUUUUCGGAUAUUGAAGGUUUAAUUAUUUUUAUCGAUGAUUUUUUCAUAUAUGCGGAGUCAAUUGAAAAACACAAUGAAAUUUUGAAUAAGGUUCUCAAAAGAGCACAAGAUAUAGGUCUUAAAUUUAAUCCUGACAAGUCAAAAAUAUGUGUUGAAGAAUUAAAAUUCCUUGGUUUCGUUUUCAAUAGGAAUGGAGUUCGCCCAGACAAAUCAAAGGUCAAAGCAAUAUGUGAAAUGCCACGACCCACAUCUGUAGGUGAUUUACAGAGAUUUCUAGGGAUGGUUAAUUACCUAGGCAGCUUUGUAAAAGACUUAUCUAUCAAAAAUAACCAUCUUCGUCAGCUCUUAAAGAAAGACGUGGUAUGGCAUUGGAAUGACAUACAUGAAAAAGAGUUUAACGAUUUAAAGUCACUCAUAUCCAAUGCACCGAUUUUAACAUUCUAUAAUCCGAAUAAAUUAAUCACUCUUUCUGUCGAUGCUUCUAAGAACGCUGUUGGUGCAGUUUUAGCACACGAUAACAGCCCAAUCGCUUUUGCUUCCGCUACUCUGACGUCCAGUCAAGAAAAUUAUGCUCAAAUAGAAAAAGAGCUUUUUGCUAUCCUGUUUGGCUGCACAAAAUUCCACCAGUAUGUGUAUGGUCAGCGUAUUUUGGUAGAGACUGACCAUAAGCCACUUGUCCCACUAUUUUCAAAACCAUUGUAUCAGGUACCAGCUCGACUACAAAGGUUUAUGUUGCGUUUGAAAAGUUAUGAUUUAGAUGUCGUUUACAAACCAGGGAAGUAUAUGUACACAGCGGACACACUCUCGAGAGCUCCAUUGCCAGAUACCAUUUUGACAGAAUUUGAUAAGGAUUUAGAUAUUCAUUGCAACCUUUUAAUAGCCAACUUAGCAGUUUCUUCGGAUAAACUUCAAAGUAUAAAAGUAGCUAGUGACAAGGAUGAAAUAAUUUCCAAAGUCAAGGAGUACGUAAAGCUCGGUUGGCCAAAUAAUAAGAAAAAAGUUUCUCACUCUUGCAUGCCAUUUUAUAAAGUCAGAGAUGAAUUGCAUGUUAUUGAUGACAUUUUACUUAAAUCUAAUAGAAUUGUCAUACCAUCCUCUCUUCGCCCUGAAACUUUGAAACUUAUCCAUGAGGGACAUUUAGGUGUUCAAAGAUGUCAGAGUCUUGCUAAAGACAUUGUUUUUUGGCCAAAUAUAAAUAAUGACAUCCAAAAUAUCGUCACAGACUGUGAAACUUGCAUGCGCUAUAGGUCUUCACAGCAAAAAGAACCACUGCAGUCCCACGAAAUACAACCAAUUCCAUGGUACAAAGUAGGAACAGAUAUAUUCGAAUUUAAUAAACAAACUUAUUUGUUAGUCGUUGAUUACUGGUCUAAAUUUAUUGAAAUUGAAUUACUAAGCUCAGGAUAUAGCAGCCAGUUUGUUAUUAAAAAGCUGAAAUCAAUUUUUUCUCGCCAUGGAAUUCCUCAAAUAAUAGUAUCGGACAAUGGUCCACCGUAUAGCUCCCAGGACUUUAAACAAUUUUGUUUUGAUUGGAAUAUUGAACAUACGACCUCCAGUCCGUAUCUGCCUCGGUCAAACGGAUUAGCGGAACGUUCGAUCCAAACAAUUAAGAAAUUAUUAAUUAAAUGUCUAGAAACUAAUUCAGAUCCUUACAUUGCUUUAUUGCACUAUCGAACUAUUUCCAAAGGAAACCUACCUGCACCCUCCGAGUUGCUUAUGUCAAGAAAACUAAGAACUAAACUACCUGCCUUGUCACAAAAUUUUAUUCCAAAACAAAUCGACACUGAAAAAUAUGCUACCGAUCUUAAAAAGAAAACAGAAAAAUCGAAAAUAUAUUACGACAAAACAGCCAAAAACCUUUUACCUUUAGCCCCAGGCCAAAAAAUUCAUUAUAAAAAGAAUCCAACGUCCUAUUGGUCACCUGGUAUUAUCCUUGAAAAAUGUAAGGAACCUAAGUCAUACGUUAUUCAAGACGAAGAAGGAACAACCUACCGGCGAAAUAGACAGCACAUAAUGGACACUCACACUCAAAAAACUUCAACCCCGUUCCAACUAUCGGUUACAGAAAAUAAUAAAAAAGACACAAGCCCUGAAGCAGUUGAAAUUGACACCUCCCCAUCUUCUUCAAGGACUAGGUACGGUAGGGAGUCAAAAGCUCCAGAUAGAUUUGGAUACCCCAAAGAUCACAUUUAA